AGGACGAUGCGCCCUGGCUCCGGCUCCACGCACCCGGGCCUCACCUUGGGCGGCCUGCUUGGCUGCCCCACACCAGCCGGCUUGACCGAGAGCCAGGCGGCUCCGACCAUCAAUGGGACCCCCUUCGCCCAAUCGCGGGGCUUUUCCCUCCCCCCGCGGGCCGGACUGACUCUGGCCACGGAUGCGCUGCCCGCCAGCGCCGAGUGCCUCGUGCACGAUUGGCUUCUGUGGAGCCUGCAAAAUUUGGCGGCCCUCGGCCAACUCCGAGCGGCGGCCAAGCGCGCCGGCCAGCCCGUGCACCCGGGUUUCCUGCUGGCUACUCACCCCCCGGUGGAGCGGGUGGUCCUGGUGACGCUGGAAAGCUCGCUGACCACCUUUGCGCUGGUGGCCCGAAAGCGCGGUAUUGACUUGGCCCAGGCCGUUCGGACGGGCGAUUUGGUGGUGGUCGAUCCACUUAGCGCGCAGUCUUGUCGGUGCCGCGACUGCAGCCAGUCGCCCUUCGCAGCGCCCGGCGCGCCGGCCACCGAUCUGACGGUUCCCUUCAACAUGGACACAUGUGGCUGCGGGCCGGCUGGGCUAGAUCGGCUGGGCUGUCUCCUCGAGACCUUGGCGCUGGAUGAUGCGCCAGGCCAGCCGGGAACCAGCCCUCGGCCGGCUGGUCUCGGGCCCGGGCGCGCUGUGAUCAUUUUCGACUCGCUACUGCCACUGAUGGCGCAGUUCGGCGCCGAGCCGCACCAGGUGAUGACCCGACUGCUGGGAAAGCUGCUUGCAGGCCGUCCGGGCCACACGGCCACUCGAAGGGUCUCCAUGCUGGCUCGGCUGCCGGCCGAUGCGGCAUUGCUAGCCCCGCGGGUGGCCCUGACCACGGCCUCGGCCAGCAGCUUGGCCUUCGGUUACAAUGAAUUGGUUCGGGCCCUGGCUCGUCGGGCGCAGCUGGUGCUGAGCGUGCGCGGCCUGGACACCGCCUCGUCGGUUGGGGAUCUGGCCAUUGAUGGGCGCCUGCGCGUGACUCGUGCCCCGAUGGCUGCCCUGUCGGAUCUGCUGUUUGCCGAAAGUCCCUCCACACAUGGCUCGCAGCAGGGCCACCCUGAGGCCGAUCCAAUGGCGGCCUUCCAUCGGGCCGCUGAUCAGCAGGACCUUGCGGCUGCCGGAGUCAGCGAGUUCCUGUUCCGCGCGUCCGACCAGGCAACCGGCGCGCUACUCACGCGUGUUGGUACUCAGCGCUAGUCCUCCUGUCCAAGCGUGCCCUCCUGGCCCGGGGGUCGGACCUGGGGAGGUGGGCGGGGUGGGGAUAGGGCCGCCAAUGAAUUUUGUUUCUGCGUUCCA